GUCGCGGCAAGGGUCUGCUUUUCCCCGGCUGGCCAAUUUCGUCCAUGCCUCAUCUCCACCCGCACGUCUUCUCUGCUGCCUUGUCUUCUGGCUUCCUUCGUCUUCUACCUACCUACCUUGGUACCCAUUCGGUCGGUAAUUAGGUACCUACUGCGUCGUAGUUGUAGUACCCAAUUAAGCCCAAGUUGCCGUGGUCAGUACGUUUCUCCCCCCGUGUCCCUCGGCUGUUCCCGCCCACUUCCUCCCCAACGAGCCAUCGCGGAAUCCCGUCCUCCACUUCCGAACUCCACCCACUAUUAUCCACCCUCGACCUCCAUCCUCUCUGCACGAACUCGCUCUUCCAUCACUCAUCUUUCGCUCUCCCCCUCUCCCUUCCUCUUAUCCAUCUUUCUUCAAAGGCGCCCUCCAUAUUGACCCGCCCAGCCGUCUUCUCACAUCGCCCGUCAUGCGCUUCUCCUCAUCCGCUCUCGUCGCGGCACUGCCCGCCCUGGCCGCCGCCCAGGACUCUCCCAUCGACCAGUACAAGGCCCAAUUCCAGGACUUCAUUGGCCAGAUGGGCUCCUACAUCCCCAACCCGGGCUCUUACGACCCCGUCGCUGCCCUCGAGGCCAAGACCGGUGCCAUGAAGCUAUCCACCCUGACCCUCGAGAACUGGCAGCAGACCCUUUACGAGCCCGUCGGCCCUGAGACCACCACCCCCGAGGAGUGGUGGGUUCUCGUCUCCGGUCGCAAUAAGACCUGCUACGGUCGAUGCGACAAGGUCGAGACCGCGUUCAAGGAGACCGCUGCCAAGUUCGCGCUCCUCGAGCAGGCUCCUCACAUGGGCUACCUGAACUGCGAUGACCAGCCCAUCCUCUGCAACGCCUGGUCCACUGGCACCUCCAACCUCUACGUCUUCGAGAUGCUCCCUUCCCCGGCGCCUAUCGAUAUAUACAAGAAGAGGCUCAACAUGACUACCACCACUAGCGAGGACCUUGUCAAUCUGUAUGAGACUGGCACCAAGGACAAGUUCACGCUCCUCGAGGCUGGCUGGUUCCACCCCUUCCAGGGCAAGGCCGUCGAGCUUGGCAUCGCCGUUCCCUUCGGCUACGUCAUGUGGGCCUUUGGCCUCGUCCCCAACUGGUUGUUCAUGCUGGUUGUCUCUUUCGUCAGCCGAACCAUGAUGUCCAACCGCAUGCAGGGCCAGGCCAACCGCGACGCUGGACGCCGAUAAACACAUCCACAGCCCCCGGAUGGGUGCCACGAAUGUAAUGCUUUUUAAGUUGUUUGAUGUGACUGGGUGAAACUGCUGGGACACGUCUUAUGCGGUGAUGACGUGUUAGCCUGGGAUACUUGGGUCAGGAUCUUAUUCAUUAUUCCUGUACGCACCUUGUUGUAGGAAGAGCAUUGUAAUACCCUGAUUAUCAAGAUUUACC